AUUAUUCAGUACUACCCUGACUCCCACAUCGGCGGCCACACGAUAUCCUUGAUAUUCCAAUAUUUACAUUCACCAACUAUAUUAUAAUCAACCUUGAGAUUCUUGCUAUUACAUAAUGGUUAGGAGUAACGUUGCUGUUCUCGAUCCGAAGCGACAUAGACUUGUGACGCUGGAUCGUCAAAAAUUUGCGGCUAUAGACAAAGGUCCGUCAGGAGCCGAGCAAUGUGUUGACCUUCCGCGGUUAAACCCCGUCGUCGACGUCCCUGUGUCAGGGCCAGCCCAAAACGAGACUAUCGCGACAGUCCACCUCUGGCGGCUUGGACUAAAAUAUAACAUGGAUAGGCUACUCGGGAAUAACAAGCAGUUAUAUGUUCUAAGGGAUUGAUUAAAUCCUGGGAUUUUUGAAGAACAUGCGGGCACAUGGUUUGGUUGAUUUAAUUUUCAGCUAGACAAUUGAAAAUACAGCCGAAAAUGGCUCACUGCCUCCCGUAGCGGCUCCCUGUAGAGUUAUUAGAUAUAGAUACCUAUAUUCUUUCAAAUCUAAUGAUAAUGUUAUU